UCUUUGAAAUCGAGACUCUUACGUCACGCGUAGUUACUCCAAGCCAAAAAGUAAAGGGGUCAAAAUAUUUGUUCAAUCAUGGGUCUUUUAGAUUUGUUACGUAAAAUGAAAUCAGGAAAUGACAAAGAAUUACGGAUAUUACUUUUAGGAUUAGAUAAUGCAGGGAAAACAACAAUAUUAAAAUCUUUAGCAUCAGAAGAUAUUAGUCAUAUAACACCUACACAGGGAUUUAAUAUAAAAUCAGUUCAGUCACCAGGAUUCAAACUUAAUGUCUGGGAUAUUGGAGGACAAAGAAGAAUCCGACCAUACUGGAAAAAUUAUUUUGAAAAUACAGAUUUACUUAUAUAUGUGAUAGAUAGUGCAGAUCAGAAAAGAUUUGAAGAAACAAGUUUGGAAUUAACAGAACUUUUAGAAGAAGAUAAGUUAAUGGGAGCACCACUUUUAGUGUUUGCAAACAAACAAGAUUUAUUAUCUGCAGCACCAGCAGACGAAGUAGCAAAAGGUCUGGGAUUAGAUGCAAUUAGAGAUAGAAAAUGGCAGAUCCAAGCUUGUUCAGCUCUCACAAAUGAAGGAGUCAAAGAAGGAUUAGACUGGAUUGCUAAAACCUGUAAGAAGAAAUGACGAGAAUGUAGAAGUAGAAGUGAGAAAAAUUCCAAAAAUCCAACAUGGAAGGCAUCAACAUUUACAAAAUCUCUUUGAUGGUGACUGGAACAACAUCUUUAUUUAUUAUCAUUGUAUAGGAACAUGGUAUGCAAUUAAGACUCUUCUGUACAAGUUUUCCUCUUCCAUAUUGUGGCUUUUUAACAAGAAACUAUAUACUAUGUUUGUUUCUACUUCUAAGUGAAAAUGUUGUUUAAAUACUUGGCAGUUGUUCAUUUUGAAAAAUGUAUAAAAAGAUUACUACAAAUGGUUUUUUUUAUGUGAAUUUGAUUAUAACAGCUUAUCCAUGAUAAGAAUGUGUAAACAUGAUUUUUUUUUUAUUUAAUCAGUGUGAUUAAACAUAAUUUGUUAAUGUGUAGAUUACAUAUCAUUAAUAAGCCAAUGUGUUAUAUAUACAUGUAUAUGUAAUUUUCUUGCAUAAAUUUCUGUGAAAAAUAUAAGUGCUCUCUUUCUCAACUCAUUAAGUUUUUAUUAAUAUUUAUACAUUUCUAAGCCUGAAUGACCUGUCAAGAUAAGUAACCAUUUCAUACUAAUACUUGUUUGGGCCAUCACAUUAUUGUUAUUUAUCAACCCACCAUUAAUGAGUUACUUCUUCUGCUUUCUAAGUUGCCUUUUUAUACAUAAGCUAUUUCAAAUGCCUUGGUUGUGCUUAUACAUGAUUUUUUUCUAUUGUCCUACAAAAGAGGGGGAGAGGAUGUUGGUUCACAUCUCCACCUACACCCACUUUUAAGUCAUAAAUAUUCUAAAGCUAAUGAAAAAGUUGAAAAUUGAGAAUUUAAUGCUACCCAUAUUUAUGUCCAUGUCAUUUGAUAACAGGAGCAUAUAGUGUUACCCAGUUGUCUGGAUUUUUUUCUUUAUGAUAUUGAGCUGAUGUGUAUACUUGUGAUUUUCAUCAUACUUUUCCUUUGCUUCAUACCAUAAUAGAUAAAUUUACAUUAUUAUUUUAUCUAAUUAAGUUAUCUGAAUGACCUCCCCAUUCAAGCAAAAAUUUUAUUUAAAACAUUUGAAUCAUUCCAUAAAAAUUUAGAAAACUAGAACUGAUCUGUUCUGGACUAUGAAAUCACCAGUUCUUUUACCUCAUUUUCACAAUCAGGUUUUAGUAACUAAUUGUUUUGUUUUGAAGAUUACUUGCACAUUUUUCAUUGUCUUUUUGAAAAAAAAUCAAAAUAGGUGAUUCCUUGUGUGAUUUUUUUUUCAAAUUGAGCAUCUGAAUUUAACACAUGCAUGUUGGUUUUUUUACUGCAUGCAUUUAAGAAAGCACAUAUCAGAUAGCAUUCCAUCCAUUUUUUGGAUUUUAAUAGUAAAAAAAUAUAUGAAUAACUUUUUAGAAUAAUAUUACCAUACUCUUAUUAGAUGAGUAUGUUUACUUUCACAAAAUGGAAUUAAUAUCUUCAUCUGCAAACUGUCAUUGAGAACAAUACAUUAAAGAUAAUUCACACUACAUAAAUAUCUGGUUAAAUUUGGUGCACAUAAAAGUGAUUGGGAUCAAAAAUUAAAUUGAUGAUUUUUAUCAAUAAAUAGAUAUGGAAACAAACUGUCUGCUCUUUGGUCAGGUUGUUGUCUCUUUGACAUAUUCCCCAUUUCCAUUCUCAAUUUUAUGAUUAUUUAACUCUUUUUGUUUUGUUAUCCUGAAUCUCUAAAAUAUCUCCACUUCAUGACACCAUUUUAAAAUGUGCUAUUUGCACUUAGUAAUUUUGAGAACUCUGGAAGAAACAUUCUCUUAAGUCUUUUGAGUAAAAUUCUAUGGUAAUAAUUUUCUUUCCAAAAUGUGAAUAACUGACAUUGUAAAUAAUAGUUAUUUACUAAUUAUAUAUCAUUUAAACACAGCAUUAUGUUUUGUAACAACUGAUAUAUUCUUCUUUUCAAGGUUGUAAUAAAGUAAAUUGAUGAUACACAAGCUCAUUGGCUUAUUUUAUCAAACAUUCCUUUUGUACAAAAUAACCAGUUAUUGUGCUUGACCUGUUAAUUUUAAAAUUCCUUAAACUAUUUGUUUAUUUGAUACAUGACCAACAACACUAUAUUGUUUUUACUUUUUCAUUUAGUCCUACAAAUAUAAGAUCUAUAUUUUGAACGUGGUACUGUAUAGUUUCACUUUCCAACUCUUUGAAAAGAUUAUGGGCUUUUAAUGUUAUUAAACAUUGCUUCUGUUGUUGCAGACUAAACAAUACAUAUGUUGCCUAAUGUUCUAGCAAUUUGUUAGUUUUUAAACAUUUCUAAGUUGGAUCUAUCAGCAUUUCAUCCAUUACAUCCAAGCAAUAAAUACUUGAUAUUUGAAAAAAAACAGUGUCCAUCCUUGAAAAAAUCAAAUAAAAUCUGACCACUUGCAAUAAGAUUGGAAAAGACAUGAAUAGCUUCUACUGUAAUGAUUUUGUAUGUAUAGUAUGUGGUUUUAAAGCUAGAAUGGCAUGUGGAUAUUAGGAACCAGAGAAUGUCAAUACUUCUUUAAGUUCAUUUAAGGUGCAAAAUCUGAAGAAAAAAAUAAAAUAAUACUGCAGUUAGUACUUUUAUCUCAGACUUUUCAAAGUUUAUGAUGAAAAUUAUAUUUUUCAUUACUUAAAUGAUGUUUUUAUGUGCAUUUUUUCUUUAAUAAAUGAUUAUAAGAUUAUAUGGUAAUGGGAAAAUAUGAGAUUUUUUAGGUUUCAGACAUUUGAAAGUGACUAACAAAAUAUAGUAAAUUUAUGUUAAUUUCAUAUUAGGGACACAGUAAUCCAUCAACUUGUCUCCAAUUGCCUUUACAACAUAAAAAGAAACAACUUUUCUAUGUUAAACCAUUGAUUUUUUUGGUACAUAAUUUGAAUUGAUGGUUGAUAUUGUCAUUGGUUAUUGCAUGUUCAAAUUAAGGUUGUGAAAAACGCCAUAUUUCUGAAUGUUCACAUUUGUUUACCAUUUUAUCUAUUAAUUACUUUGUUAAUUCAUUUUAAUGACGGGUGUAGACACAGUAGUAAAUUCCAUUGUAUUUUUAUUCUAUGAUAUCAUAUAUAAUCAAGCUAGUUAGAAUUACUCUCAAUAGUUUUUGAAACGUUUUGUUAAAAUUAAAAAUACUGUUUUUUUUUUGUCUGUUCACCAGUCAAUCUUACAUCAGAUAAAGGGAUAUAACUGAUUUUAGAAGUGCUUAGUUAGCUUAUACUUACUAACUGCCUUGUAUGCCAUAACCUUAUACUUAAGCUAAAGUAAAGCAUCUGUUCUUUGAAUUUGUUAUCUUUUGAUAAGGAAGCUUGUAUUUGAUCUGUACUUAGAAAUUGUGUAGUGUUGUAAGUGUUCCGUCCAAAUUUUUUGUACAUCACUUUAUAUGUGAAGAUCUGUGUCAAAAUCAUGUAUCACUGAAAAUUAAAAUCCAUUUUGUA